AUGGAACCAGAUGAAACAGCAGCAAAAACAACGCCGAGUAUCUACCCCGGUGAGCAGUUGAGUGCUAUGCAAACAGUGCUGGAGCCGCCACCAUCCUAUAGCGAAGCAAUAGGAGAACGUGAUGGUGCCACUAUACGUCCCACAACUGCCUGGAAACCGCCUGCACACGAAGAAUUCCCGCAACACAGUUUAUACGAGUUCUUGAAACGAUAUAAAGAGCUGUGUGAGUUGAUUAGUGCCAACGAAAUCGAUGUAUCGGAGUGUGAGCGACUGAUAAAAGAGUGCGCCAAAACUUCAUGGACCGCUGAAAAUCGGGUUGUCAAACAAGAGGGACGAUGUGGUGACCAGAAAUAUGCAACGGGUAGCGCAACAUAUUUGGUUGCAACAUAUCAUCCAAAUAAAGUGGCCGAAUUAUCUCGUCUGUUGACACGGGAAGUUAAGUUACGUCUCGAUUCUUCACUCAGUCUGCAAAUCCAGGUGAUUUUUGCAUGA